UGAUGCAUGGAGCUGAUGGAUAUGGAGAAUAAGGGUGUCGAACGUUGCCAGGUCUUCCAUCAGAACGACAGGAGGGCCAUCAGAGCAGCAGACAAAGACACAGGUUAGCUAAGACCAUGAGACUCUCAUCAGCCUGGACAAUACUUCUUUACCUGCUGCUUCAUGGAGGUGCUACAGUCUGCACAGUUAAGAAGUUGGGCAGCAACCCUGGAAGAUUUGUCAAUGCCACCUUAGUGCGGCUGGCCGAGUUCUUGAGUGCUGGCUAUAAGAAAGGAGUGCGACCUGUGAAGGAUUGGAGGACGUCCACUAUCGUGGCCAUAGACCUCAUGGUUUACUCCAUCCUCAAUGUGGACGAGAAGAACCAGGUUUUGACAACAUAUGUGUGGUACAGGCAGUCGUGGACAGAUGAAUUCCUGGUGUGGAACCCGGAGGAUUUUGAUGAAGUCAAACAACUCUCCAUGCCCACAGCUAACGUCUGGGUUCCUGACAUUCUCAUCAAUGAGUUCGUCGAUGUGGGGAAGUCUCCAGACAUUCCUUAUGUCUACGUUACACACGAGGGUCUGGUGCAGAACUACAAGCCCAUCCAGGUUGUCACCGCCUGCACCCUCAACAUCUACAACUUCCCGUUUGACGUCCAGAAAUGCAGCCUUACCUUCCAGAGCUGGCUCCAUACCAUCGAUGACAUCAACAUCACCCUGAUGCGAAGCCCCGAGAAGCUCAGGGAUGACAAGAGUGUCUUUAUGAACCAGGGAGAGUGGGAGCUGUUGCACAUACUGUCCAACUACAAGAUCUUCAGCGUGGACAAUGACGACUAUUAUGCAGAGAUGAAGUUCCAUGUGGUGAUCCGACGGCGGCCACUGUUCUACACCGUAAAUCUGCUGCUGCCCAGCAUCUUCCUGAUGGUGAUGGACAUUGUUGGUUUCUAUCUGCCACCGGACAGCGGAGAGAGAGUUUCCUUUAAGAUCACUUUGCUGCUCGGCUACUCUGUUUUCCUCAUCAUUGUAUCCGACACUCUGCCUGCCACGGCCAUUGGAACGCCACUGAUAGGUGUGUACUUUGUGGUCUGCAUGGCUCUGCUGGUGAUCAGCCUAACGGAAACCGUGCUGAUUGUUCGUCUGGUUCACAAGCAGGACCUGCAGCCACCCGUGCCCCACUGGGUGAAGUACCUGGUCCUGGAAAGAGCUCCAGUCCUCUUCUGCAUCCACAAAAAGCAUCGCUUCUGUGCCCGGCUGUCUUCUCAGGCAUCAGAGCUGGACCGCUACAAAGAAAACAACUAUGGGACUGCCCAGUGCUCCCUCCACCACACCUGUGAGAUAGGCCAGAGGCUCAGCCAGCAGGACAGAGAAGGUGGGAUGCUCGGACUUCGCCUGGCCCCAUCCAGGGACAACACCCUGCCUGUCAUGGACAAUAUCCUGCAGGAAGUGACGGCGAUUCGGCAGUUUCUGGAGAAGAGGGACAGGUGUCGGGAAAUCGCCAAGGAGUGGCUCCAGGUUGGCUACGUGCUGGACGUGUUGCUCUUCAGAGUCUACUUAGUGGCUGUGAUUGCCUACAGCAUCACACUGGGAACUUUAUGGUCGGUCUGGCAGGUGGCCUGAGUUUCGCCUCUCUACUCAGUCUAGGUGAAUUACAAAUAAGAAUAGCAAGUGUAAGUGGUUAAAGCUCAUCAGAUAAAGGAGGCAUUCAUGAAUAGGGAAGUAACUCACACAGAUGAGCCCUCAAUGUAAAUUCAGAGAAUUACUAAAAUGUUCUCAUAAACAUUAUGUUUAAGGCCUAAUCAAGUAGUUUAAAGGCAUAUGACUCAAGUAACUUGAGAGGCUUUAUCAAGAGCAGCACAAAAGCUUUCUGAGAUGCUCAGAGGCAAAUUGACAUUAUGUCCCGAACUCUUUCAGGUGCAGGUAAUAGGUAUUACAGGGGAUAAAAAUGGGAUACUAGUGAAGCCCAAAAUCUAUGUUUCAUCUCGGGAACCCCCAGCUCUGCUGGGUUGAACAUGUUGAUGAUAUGGUUAGAAAAUGAAAACCAACAAUCAUAAGCCUGGUUACUAAACAUGAACAUAUAAAGAAAAGAACAAUCUAUAAUUAUAUAUAAAAAAGCAGGAUAACAUUUGUCUUAUGUUGUGACACAAUAAUGACUUACUAUACAUAUAGCUCACAGCUCUAAACAGUCUUUAAGUGCCCCCCAGUAUCUAAAUAAUUAUUUGUUUAAUUAAUAAGAAGAAAGAGCCGGCUCAGUUGCCAUGUCAGCCUCUCCAAGCUUGAGAUUAAGUACUGUUAUUAUCAUGACCUUGCUAAAUGUGUUUGUACUUACAUAAAUGUUGUAGCAGUGAUGCAGGGGUGUGGUAUAAUAAUCCUCUUACACUAUCGGCUGUAAGGAAACACUGUAGCAUUGCCUUUCUACGCAUCUACAGCUACGACAGGCGGCCUCAGAUGUUUUGGGCAAAACUCUGUGGCAUUAGUGUCCCAGCAUAGAAACACAAUAUAUGCCCCUGCCACAGUAUUUAUUGUCAUGGCAAUGACCCAACAAUGUAUUUACAAAUACAGAGGUUGUUGCACUAGUUAUACGGUAGAAUUGAACAAUCUGACAGUGGUGGGGAUGAAGGAGCGCUAUUGCAGCUCCGCAGUAACAGAGACUAACAUGCUAUGAAAUGAACAGAAAAGCAGACGAGGAAUGGUGUAGCGUUAGGUCAACUAAAUCCUCUAGUGCUAUUUUAUGACAACCAGGCCGUCUUCAUAAUUCCUCACUUUACUGAUUUGUGUUUAUGAUCGGUAAAGGAUACAAUAUUUCAUCACAUUUCUUUGUCACUAAUUAAUUUUGCUUAUAAAAACAAUGUGGCAUCGUUCCAUCAGCAGUUUUGGGUAAUCUUUUUGUUCUGGAUGUCCUCCAACACGGCAGUAAUGAAGUUAACUGACACCCAAUAAACUGGCAUUAGCAAAGCAGAUGUUAGCUAGAAGUUAGCUUCUUUGCAUAUUAGGUAAUACAAGUUAGCUAAUUAGCUGAUGUUAGCAAGUUAACUAAUGUUAGCAAAAAUGCUAACUGUUGCUGAUUUUGCAAUUGAACUAACUCUUUUAUCAUUAUUAUCUGGCUCAAUCCAGAUGUUGGCUCUGUGAAAGUGUGCAAAUUUGAAUGUGCUUUUAUAGAUAUUUUAUUCAAACACUUAAAUGUUGGAAAUUGUAAAAUAAACAGAAAUAUCUUAAUAUAACAAAUUCAAUGCUAUACUGACUGUAUUAGCCUGUAUUGUCUUUCAAUAAAACUUAUACAUUGUGUGCACAAUUA